AUGUCCUCCAAGAAGAUCAUCACCGUGUUCGGCGCCACCGGCCAACAGGGCGGCUCGGUCGCCCAGAUAUUCCUCAACGACCCCAAGCUCAAGAACGACUGGACCGUCCGGGGCGUCUCGCGCAAUGCCAACGGCGAGUCGGCCAAGAAGCUGAUCAGCCAGGGUGCUGAGGUCGUCACUGGCGACUCCAAUGACAAGGCUUCUCUGGAGAAGGCCAUGAGCGGCGCCACGGCUGUGUUUGCCGUGACCAACUACUGGGAGAAGAUGGACGGGGAGCUCGAGACGCAGCAGGGCAAGAACAUGGCUGACGCCGCCAAGACGACGACUAACCGAUGCAUGCACCACACAACAAAGGCCGCCGGCGUGAAGCACUUCAUCUGGAGCUCCCUCAUCAACGUGACCAAGGCCAGCAAGGGCCGCCUGACCAAGGUGCAGCACUUUGACAGCAAGGCCCGGGUCGAGGAGUACAUCCGCGAGAUCGGCCUGCCGGCGACCUUCUUCAUGCCGGGCAUCUUCAUGAGCGGGAUCGCGGGCGGCACGCUGCGCAGGCCCUCCUCGCCCGGCGCGCCCUGGACGCUGGCCCUGCCGACCACCGACGCCGUGCGCCUGCCCGUCUUCACGCCCGCCGACGCGGGCAAGUGGGUCAAGGCCAUCGUGCUGGCCGGGGUCCGGGAGCUCGGCGCGGGCAGGCAGGUCUACGCGGCGACGGGGUACAUGUCGCCGCAGGACCUGCUGGCCGGGUUCGCGCGGGCGUUCCCCGAGGCCGGCCGGGACGCCGUCUUCGCGACGGUGCCGGACGGGGUGUUCGUCGAGGGGCUGGUCCGCGGGGGCGCGGGCCUGCCGGCGUUCGCGGCCGAGGACCUGCUGCAGAACAUGCAGCUCAUGGAGAGCCCCGGGUACUACGCCGGCGCGAGCCUCGACGAGAGCCACGCGCUGCUGCAGGACGAGCUGACGACCUGGGAGGAGUUUGCGAAGAGCGCGCCCGCCUUUAAGGGCCUGAAGUGA